AUAUCCUGCAGUGUUGACCAUCGGCGAGGUGGUAGGUACAAAGACAAAUCAUGCUAGUCGCUGUCCAAGGUUGCUCUCACGGUUCCCUCUCGUCCAUCUACGCUUCCCUCGCUUCCUACACCCGGUCACAUGGUCGUCCGGUCGACUUGUUACUCCUCUGUGGAGACUUUCAAGCGCUUAGGUCUACACAUGAUUUUGCAAGCUUGGCGGUUCCACCGAAAUACCAUGCGUUGGGGACUUUUCAUGAGUAUUACAGUGGGAAGAGGAAAGCGCCUGUUUUGACUAUUGUCAUUGGUGGUAAUCACGAAGCCAGUAAUUAUAUGUGGGAAUUAUAUCACGGCGGAUGGCUGGCAGAGGGGAUUUAUUACCUCGGAGCGGGAGGAAGUGUCCUUGUGAAUGGUUUGAGAAUAGUUGGGGCAAGUGGAAUUUAUAAAAAACAUGAUUAUAACAAGGGUCAUUUUGAGAAAGUCCCCUACGACAAGAACACUCUGCGGAGCGUGUAUCAUACACGGCAAUACGAUAUUCUCAAGCUCAUGCAGCUCCCCCCUCGUUCAAACACCAUAGUCCUGUCACACGAUUGGCCCCUCACCAUUCCCCACCACGGUAAUCUCCCCGCUUUACUCCGCCGCAAACCAUUUUUCGCCGAUGAGAUCCGAACAGACACAUUAGGUUCCCCACCAUUAUUAGGACUUCUGAAACGUCUCAAACCUGAAUACUGGUUUUCGGCGCAUCUGCAUGUCAAAUUCGCCGCGGUCUACGAUCAUAAGUCUCCCUCAAAUAACACUACCGUCCCUGUAUCCCCUCAUUCCAUUAAGGCCUCUCAUCCCGUGCCACCAUCCAUCAAUGUUCCCAUACCACUGGCCCCAGCGCUAGUGGCCCAAGGAUCCGUCAAUGGGGGUUUACCAGGUGGAGGAGUGAAUCCGGAUGAGAUUACCAUAGAUGAAGAUCUAGACGGCGAAGACACCCCUUUGGAAGGGGGCAAUCCCGAUGAGAUCGAGAUAGAUAUGGACGAGGACUUCUCUGGUCCAAAGCACUCCAAUCCAGCCUCUAUAGAAGUUUCACCACUGGAGAUGCCUACCAGUGGUGAAAUAAGAUAUACGGGGAAUGAAAAUCCAGAUGAGAUCCUUCUUUCUGAGGAUGAGAUUCAUAAUGAACCUUCUGAUCUCCCCAACAUAGUCUCAGAGCCGAAAAAAGACGUAGAGGUCGGACAAGGAUCUCAAAUCCCAAGUCCUGGCUCAGAACGAUUGGACGAAAGUGUGGAUAUCGUUGAAGCUACCAGACGGGCUGGGUCUUUGUCAGGAGCGUUAGGUCCCGUGCCUUCAGAGCUUCCUGAGGACGGGGUCGUCAGGAUUGAAGGCGGCGGGACAGUGAUUGGGGAUGGAGGAGAAGAAGGAGGAAGUUCACAGACUAGGUUUUUAGCUUUGGAUAAAUGUGGACCUGGGAAGGAUCAUCUUCAAUUCCUAGACAUCCCUACUCCCUCUUCCGGUCCUCCGGUAUUACAAUACGAUCCCGAUUGGCUCGCUAUAACCCGCGCUUUCCAUCCUUACCUCUCUACCGCAAUCCGUCAAACGUUACCGAACAUGUUAGAAAUCGAGGAUAUGGUACGAAACGAGAAGCAAAAGCUGGAUAUACAAGGUGUCUUAAUUCCCCCUUCCCCUGCUCAAGAUUCGAAAGUGGAAGGAAUUGUCAGAUUCUCGGUGAAUGAAAAACAUUUCGAGUCAACCCAAAAUGAGAGAGAUAGGCAGAUGGAUGGAAAUACUGAGAAUGAGGAAAUGCCAAAGGAACAUCAGGAGGCGGAUAUGGAUGAAAGAGGAAUGGCCAAGAAAGAGUUUUGGGCAAAAGGGUUGGUGGAGAUUAGUAAAGUUCAGAAAUUCCAAAAGACUGCUCCUGCGCAAGGUGAAGCAGGAGGGUCAGAUGAUGCUUGGUAUACCAACCCUCAAACAGAAGCUUUUUGUCGAAUGUUGGGUAUAGAAAAUAAGAUUAAUCCUAACAGUCCAUAUUCUCCUUCGAGCGUCAGAUAGUAACGUUUCAACCAGAGUCAAUUAGAAUGAGGAUUUGAAAUGAGAUGAUAUCUUGCAUUGCAUCUUAGUCG